GUGAGCUUUGUCCGUUGAGGAAGGUCGCACGUUUCAAUUUUACAUCGCGAAGCAACUCGUCCGUAAACGUUCACUCGAUCAUCGUAACUAUCAAAAGUGCCUCCUACUCAGAAACAAGUUGUAUCGAGAUGCGUGUACCUAAAAAGACUAACGAAAGUACGAGUAUCGAACCCUAUACCUCAGAUGCCGCAAGAAACGCGAAAUCCUUCUUGGAAAAGAUCAUGGGCGAAGUGAGCAAAACCUCAGCAAUGAAACAGAUCGUCAUUGGCAGCACGUCAGGAUGGGCAACCGGCUUUAUCAGCAUGAAGAUCGGAAAAAUAACUGCCUGUGCGGUCGGUGGUGGAAUUAUCAUGUUACAAAUUGCCGCACAUCACGGUUACAUAAAGAUUAAUUGGGAUAAGAUAAUGAAGAAGGCGGAAAACAUCACGGACAAGGUGGAAGAGAAGAUCACCGGUGAAGGAUCAGCUACAGUGGAUAAGGUUAUACAUAAGAUUGAGAGAUUUCUCGACAAGAAAUUGGAAAAAUCAGAGCGAUUGGUGAAACAGGGAGUGUCGCGCACUCGACGCUGGUACCACACGUUAAUCGGCGAGGACGAUUUCCAAUUGAAAGAAUUCCACUUCUUCGUAGUCUCGUUCGCGGCGGGCGUCGCGAUCGGCAUGGCCACUGCUAACUAGGUAGCGAGUUGCUGCACUCUGAAUGCGACUCUGAGGAUUAAUAUUCGCGCUCUGAAGGGUGACCGCUCCGCCGUCAUCGAUCAUGAUGACGACGCCGCCGACGAGUACGCCAACAACAUUAUGCACGAGGUGAGGAACAAACUAAACGAGCUGAAGAAAUGGAUGGUGCGAACUACGUCUAAUCCUAAAUGAAUAGCUUUAUUUUUAGUCAUCAGUAUCGGUAGCGAUGAGUAAAAUUUACUUUUGCAUCGUAGAGUUGUCCUUCAUUUUUCGUGUAAGUGCAUUUAUCUCCGAUUUUCAGACAAAUAAUAAGAUUAUAGAAUAUACAAAUAUUUAUCUAUCAUAAAAAUUCUUAAAAAAUAAGCAGGAGCAAGUUUUACUCAUCGUUACACUAUUGCAAUUUAACGUUAAUUGCAAAUUGGAUCAAAAGUUCAUCCGGAUUUUGAGCAAAAAAUAAAAUUCGAACAUGUUAAAUUUCAUAAUAUAUUUUUUCAUCUAUUUUUAAUAUAAUACAUUUGUAAUAUCAAAUGAUAAUUAUAUUAAAUCUGUGUGUUUGAUAUUACAGACAAGAAUAAUUAUUAAUAAUGAAUAUUUUAAUUAUUUAUAAUUAUAAUAUUAUUUAAUAAUUAAAUCAUGAAUUAUAUCUAUUUAUAUAAAAUUAUUUUUACGCGUGUCAAAGAAAAAUAAUUUAUAAAAUAAUAUUAAUUACUUGAUGUGAUAUGUUGAAUGUUAAUACAGAGUUUUUGCAGUACCGUCUUUUCAGAUACGGUGAACGCUAAAUUCACGUUAUUCGGUCGAAAGACGAAACUGUGCGAAAAGACGGUAUUGCAAAAACUCUCUGUAAUAUUUAGAAAUCCGAAUGAACUUUAUUUGUUUAAAUUAAUACGAACAAAUGAAAGUUCCCAAUCUUCUUUACGCAACUUAAAUUAUGAAGAAGAUUUAAUUCGCUUAUAAUAAGCGUGUACUGUUGCAAUUUAAAAAGUGCCACACAAAUGCUUUAUCUUACAUCCUACUUUACGAAUUCACGGAUUGAAGUGAAUACAUUUCAUCAUCGCGUAAAGUAUAUAGAAACAAAAAUGUGUAACGUACGCAUGUAAUACAACAUCAAAACUUCUUGGUCAUUCAGGAUGCAGCAAACAAUUAGAUUUAGUUACAUUUAGGAUGUAAACGUAUUAUAUUGUAUACUAUUAUUAUAUAUAUAUAUUAUAUACUGUAAAAGAUUGCGAGUCAUUUUUUGUUAUUCUUACCAUUUGAUUAAUUUCCUAGUGUUCUUACCGUGUAAUUUGUACUUAUGUGAUCUUAUACACUUUAAUCAAUAAAACCUGUUUAGUGAUA